CGGACGUGUUUCUCGCAACGAUGUGGUGCAUCAACUGUGCGUCGGAUAAGACUCCAGCGAUUCUUCAUAACAAGCUUGUGUAUAGUGUGGAGGGAGAUCGUCAAUGUCCGGACACGGCUAGUUUUUCAGACAGCACCUGUAGUCAGGGCCCAUACCUGGGCAACUCAGAGCGCUAUGGGAACAUCCAAAAUAUUCCUGGCCCUCAGGGGCCUCCUGUGACCCCUUCGAGCCAAGCGAGUCUUGCCUGGGCGCAACGGACCCGCAACCAGCCCGCCAGCCUGGCACUCCGCAAGCAAGAAGAAGAAGAGAGCAAGCGCUGCAAAGCGCUCUCUGACAGCUAUGAGCUCUCCACAGACCUGCAGGACAAGAAGGUGGAGAUGCUGGAGAGGAAGUAUGGAGGUUACUUCCUGAGCAGACGAGCUGCUCGCACAAUACAGACGGCGUUCCGGCAGUAUCGCAUGAACAAGAAUUUUCAACAGCUACGCAGUUCCGCAUCUGAAAGUCGAAUGACUCGCAGGAUCAUCCUGUCGAACAUGCGUUCACAGUAUUCGUUUGAUGAGCGACAGCCACAGGUUCAGCCAGAGACGCCACAGCAGUCUCAAGGUCGAUUUACCAGCCAUCACACGUCGGCUCUGGGCACAGCUAGCCAGGCAGGAACAACAGACCCACAGCAGGAGACUGACUCACCCGCACACUGUCCUUCAGACAGAGAGGAGUACUCACAUGCAGACGACGCUUUCAACAAACAGGUGACAUCUCUGGCUGACUCUAUGGAUGACACUCUGACGUGUCAGCCCCGCCGAGGGGAAUCUGAGGAUGGUGGUGGGAGAGACGGUGAGGAGACCGAGGAUUUUGGCGAGUGUGUUUGGAGCAACAAACCUAACUCACGUAGGGGGGUCAUGGGGGAGCAAGAACGUCUGGGGGUCAUGCACGAGGACAGCACAGCUACCUCGUACAGCGACAUCACGCUUUAUAUGGAUGACGGCAUGCCAUGUUCUCCACUUUCCAUCGAGCGAGUUCCCUCCAGUACGGACACAGAGUACUGGGGCGUAAGCAGCAGGGUUGGAGGACGUGGAGACAGUCGGGAGGGCGGCGAGAGCAAUAACAGCCGGCGUAGCACACCAUGCACUGAAUGCCGAGAUUUCCGGUUGCGGGGGUCACACCUCCCUGUUCUCACCAUAGAGCCACCUAGUGACAGUUCUGUUGACAUGAGUGACCGUUCAGAUCGUGGUUCCCUCAGCAGGCAGCUGCUUUAUGAGCAGGAGCCUACAGCAGGCGGAUCGCCUCAAGGGACUCUCAAACACAACCCCACCCCUCGCACACCCAAUCCCUGUGCGGCACAGGGCCAGACGAGACCCCCGGGUCGUCCCAUCCCAUCCCCUCUUCCAACACAGAUACCACAACAUACAGUAAUGCACCACCAUCACCACCCACACCUUCACCAUCCAUUGCACCACCACCCUAUGCCACAUAUCCAUCACCCCUACCCUGACCCCACGUCUCCCUCGCCCACUCAGACUCCACUCACCCCACUUUCUUCCUCAUCCUCCACGCCACUGCCUGCUACUGGCUUGGAGCACUCGGAUGGGGACAACGACUCCAUGAACUCCACCACCAACUCCAAUGAGACCAUUAACUGCAGCUCAGGCUCUUCGUCUAAGGACAGUCUAAGGGAACCGUUGCCUCCUCUAGGAAAACAGACCUAUCAGAGAGAGAGCAGGCAUAGCUGGGACUCCCCCGCCUUCAACAACGACGUGGUGCAAAGGAGGCAGUACCGCAUUGGACUGAACCUCUUCAACAAGAAACCAGAGAAAGGGAUCCAGUAUUUGAUAGAGAGAGGUUUUGUCUCAGACACACCUGUGGGCAUUGCACGUUUCAUCCUGGAGAGGAAAGGCCUGAGUAGACAGAUGAUCGGGGAGUUUCUGGGAAACCGUCAGAAACAGUUCAACAAGGAUGUGUUGGACUGUGUGUUGGAUGAGAUGGAUUUCUCUGGCAUGGAUCUGGAUGACGCCCUAAGGAAGUUUCAGGCUCAGAUUAAGGUUCAGGGGGAAGCCCAGAAGGUGGAGAGACUGGUAGAGGCCUUCAGUCAGAGAUACUGCGUGUGCAACCCUGUACUUGUCCGCCAGUUUCAGAACCCAGACACUAUCUUCAUCCUGGCAUUUGCCAUCAUCCUUCUCAACACAGACAUGUACAGCCCCAACGUCAAAGCUGAGAGGAAGAUGAAGCUGGAGGAUUUUAUCAAGAACCUUAGAGGAGUGGAUAAUGGACAGGAUAUUCCCAGGGAUAUGUUAGUGGGCAUCUACCAGCGCAUUCAGAAAUGGGAACUCAGGACAAACGAUGACCAUGUGUCUCAAGUGCAGGCUGUGGAGAGGGUCAUCGUGGGCAAGAAACCUGUGCUUUCUUUGCCACAUCGCAGGCUAGUGUGCUGUUGUCAGCUGUAUGAAGUCCCUGACCCCAAUCGACCCCAGCGGAGUGGAGUUCACCAGCGCGAGGUCUUCCUCUUUAAUGACCUGAUAGUGGUAACAAAGAUCUUUCAGAAGAAGAAGACAUCUGUGACGUACAGUUUCAGACAGUCUUUUCCCCUGGUGGAGAUGCAGGUUCAUAUGUUCCAGAACUCCUACUACCCUCACGGUAUCAGACUGACAUCAGCGAUGCCCGGCAGUGAGCGCAAGGUCCUGAUUGUGUUCAAUGCGCCAAGCCAACAGGACCGAACGCGCUUCACCAGCGACCUGCGUGAGAGCAUCGCUGAGGUUCAAGAUAUGGAGAAAUACCGUGUAGAGUCUGAGUUAGAGAAGCAGAAAGGUGUGAUGCGUCCAGGGCUCCUGAGCAGAGAUGGGGACGGGCUUGGUGGAAUAAAGACUGAAGCUGUGAACGGCACUCUGGGUAGGCCCAGUCUGGAUGACACGUACACAGCAGGGGAGGGGCUUAAAAGAACAGCACUUAGCUCCUCACUGAGAGACCUCACUGAGACAGGGAAGCGAGGCCGUAGAAACAGCAUUGGCUCUUUGGAUAGUACUAUAGAAGGAUCCAUCAUUAACAGCCCUCAGCCGCAUCAACGCUUGCCCAUGGGGGGCGCCGUUCCCGGCUGCUAUGGGCUAGAAGACUACCGGCCUCACCGCCCCAUCCUGAGCCCCGGAGUAGGGAUGGGGGGUGGGCCGGGGCAACUUCACAACGCCGUAGGCAAUAUGGGUGGGGGCCCUGCCGUCAGCGAUCGAGGUGGGGGGCCGGGGAGCAGUUCUGGAGGGAGCAAUUCCGGUUCCUUCCUGGGCUCCCUGUUUGGCAGCAAGCGUGCCAAACCUCCUGCUCCCCUUAUUCCCCCAGGGCCACAUUACCCGGCCCCCAUGCUACCUCCUACUACAGGAGGGCCACCACCUUCUUCCCCCUCCGCCCUCAGCCAGUCAGACCCCGGUGGGCCAUCCAAGAUCCAGGCCCUGCACGCUCAGUACUGUCACAACAACUUUGGCCAGCCUCCACCCCCCUACCAUCAUCAUCAUCGGUACCACAUGCAGGCCGUCGCCCCUGGCCAUCCCCCCACUAUCCAUCAUACCCUGCAACGAGGGUCCCUCCCACGGCGCGGGCCCCCCGCUCCUUCACACGCCCAGUUCCAGCAGCAACUAUCCCAUCAUGCUAUACAGCAAGGCCGCUAUGGCAAUAUGGCUUGCACCCCUCCACCUCUGUCCCCUCAUUCGCCCAAUUCCCCCAUUGCCCCUUUCACCUUUUACCACAUGCAUCCCAAUCCCAUACGCCACGUACGGGUGCCCGGUCCUACCGGCAAGCUUCCUCUCACCCUGUCUCACUCUCAGCCCCACCCUCACGCCCACUCCCACAUUCACUCUCAUACCCACAGCCAUCCAGUACAUGCCCACAGCCCACACCCCUUAAUGGAUCACUCCGCCCAUCAAACUCAUUUCGUUUUCUCACCGCCCCCUCAGGCGCCAUCCGCCAUCACCACCCGCUACAUACCCCAGGGCGUCGCCCACUGCGUCCCGCAGUAUCCUCCCCUCUCCUCCAUUCCUCCUCCUCCACCACAUUCCCCGUUACCUCCUCCUUCAUCCCCACAUACCCCACUGACCCCUCUUACCCCACUCUCCCCACUGGCCCCGCAGCUCCCAGGACACAUUGGGGUGCAGUUGGGCGGCCCAGGGGGCGGAGGAGGAGGUGGAGCCAGCAACAGCAGCACGGUCGGCAGCUCCAAAUCCAGACCUAUCAACCGCAUCAGCACGGUGGUAUAAGGGUAAGCCGCGGCAGAGGGCGCAGGGUCCCAACGCGGAGGAGCUGGAGCCCAGGCAAGAGGAAGUACACCAAACUUAGACUCUGUUACUUCCAUAUCCGCUUCCCUCACGUGUAGAGCGGAAAUCCUGGCUGGCUACAUGCUUAUUGCUAGCCUGAAUGGCAUCUUGCUGUUGGCCGCCAUUCAAAACAAAGGCUUUAUAACAGCAUGAAAUCUCCAACUGAAGAUCUAAGAAGCCUAAUGGAGACGAUGGUAUAGCAAAUGAAGUGUAUUGAAGAGUAUGGGUUGAAAUUAACGUGCAUGGCUACCAAAGGAAAAGGUUACAGGGCGAAAGGGGGUGCCAAUUUAAGUCAGACUGAUGAUCUGGAGUUUAAGAGACCAAGUUUGGCUGUCUGAAGACGACAAUGGUGAACUCUUUAAACACUGAACAUGGAGACAAAACUGGAGAGAUGAGUGCAAAAUAUAAAAGAAACAACAGAACUUUCAUCCAUAGUAUUUUCAAUUUUCAUGCGUCUCAGAUGACAAUCAUUUCAGGGUCAGUCAGAAAAUGUUUGCUUGAUUCAUUACUCCAAAUUCACAGAUGUAUUCCUCAGCAUAUAAGAAGGGCCAGCAUGCACUUAGUGGGAUGCCAAACACUAUUUUUUUAUUAUUUUAAAAGAUACUUUUAUUUUACCCUGUGAGUGAAAGGACAGGAUGGGAACUGCUGAGAAAACUUGCAUCACUACACAGUAAAAAAAAAAAAAAAAAACUUAUUUUGAAACAAUUUGGAAAUUGUUUUUAAUUUUAUUAAUUGUUGUGUUUUUUGUCUUGAAGUGGCUGGGCAUCCGGUUUGAAAUAAGUCAGCCAAAACAGUAAAAAACACUUUUUUGAAGACCUCAGUGAAGUCAAGAUGUCAUUUGCGCCAAACAGAAUGUAUAGAAAGAGAUUUUAAAUUGUUUGGUAAAUACUUUGUUCUUUUGUUUUGUUGCUAUUCUAUAAGAAAAAAUUAAGCAUACAAACCUAAAUGCAACAUACCCAAAAGUGUAAUGAGUAACAGCGACCAAUAAUCAGGACAUAGAUCUGUUUAUUUCCUACCACCUGUAACCUCAGCAUCUCUAUCUCUUUUUUUUUUUUUUUGUAUCACCAUUUCACUAUUAUUUCAGCUCGUCUACUUAAACAGUCUUACCAGACCAACAAAACAUUUAUAUUUGGCAAUUCAUUACAUAACCUUAGUGCCUACUGUAAAGGUUUGUCAUUGGAGGUUUGGGAUCAGUGAUUUUUUUCUUUGGAUGACGUGUUGAAGGAACAGGGUGUUUGCAUAGAGUGUCAUUGAAAUCUUGAAGUCAAAUCUGUAUUUAUGGGCUUGGUUUUGUACAGCUUCGAUGGUCAA